UUUUACUCGCCGACCCAGCUCCACUAAGUCUCCAAGAAUCUGCAUACUUUUUCCUUGUAUUUUCUCAGCUCUGAAUCCCGAGAUAUCUCCCGUUAGCCCUGAUUCUCGUGCGAAGUUUCAAGGGAAGAGUCGGCCAUAUAUAGUCGCUGAACCAUUUAAGCCCUUUCACUCCGCCUUCGAAUUUUGAGGAACCUCCGGCGUCAUCUUCCUCCGCCCAUGAUGUGAAAAAGCUCCUCUUUUCUCUUUAUUCCUAUCACUCUCUCGCUUUACCAUCUCCAUUUUUAAUACUAUUUCUGUAGCUUUUGUCCUUCCCACGCCCACCUUUGCACGUCUUUUUGGCCGAUUUCUGAGCAUAAUACCUUUGGAGUGCUCAUCAUGAAUUAAAGCUUCUAUCUUCUUCUUCACGAUUCUCUUUUCAUUCCUGAGGUCGGCCCCUAUUUGUUUCGCCAACAUUUGACUCUUGUUUGCCACAGCACAGAAACACAAAAAUCAUGGAGCAAAGCAUCCUAUGCAAAUACACAGUGCAUCACAGUGUUACCAAGAAGCUCGCGAGGCCCAAGGGCUCUGAUUUGAGCAAUCCCACAGAGCCCCGAGUCGUACGGAUAUCCGUAACUGAUCCGGAUGCCACAGACUCCUCCAGCGACGAGGAAGGAGAGUUUCUGGGUCGACCCAGAGUGAAGCGGUAUGUGAACCAGAUUGACAUCGAAACUAGCGCGAGAAACGGGGCCCUCCUCAACAAUGCCCGGAAGAGGCCCGCCGGGAGCACCGCUGCUUGCCGUCGGCCGGCAAAGGUUUCCACGGCCAAUAACGGCAGGAAGUUCCGAGGCGUGCGGCAAAGACCAUGGGGGAAAUGGGCGGCGGAGAUUCGAGAUCCAGCGAGACGAGUACGGCUCUGGUUGGGGACGUAUGAUACGGCAGAAGAAGCAGCCAUGGUGUACGACAACGCGGCGAUUAAGCUGCGAGGUCCCGAUGCUUUGACGAACUUUGCUACCCCACCGGCGAGGGAGAAGGCCGAGGGGGAAGAAGUAGAAGUGACCGUGAAGCCGGAACUGAAAGUUUCAGUGCAGUCAGAAGCAUCCGGUUCGGGAUACGAUUCGGGAGAGGAGUCUCAUAAUCUUUGUUCCCCGACAUCGGUGCUUCAAUUCAGGAGCAAUUCGACCGAGGAAGCAGAGCCGGGAAAGGCUACGGAACCAUGCGUAGCAGAGGCAGAAAGAGAAGAAACAGGGGAAGAGCCGUCUGGGGAGUGUGAAGGGGAAACAAGUCAAAGGAGGUUGUGGGAGGAGGAGGAAUAUUGGAGGAUAGAGAUGCCGGUGUGGGAUGAUGUGCUGAUGAAUUUUGAAACGCCAGAAUACUCCCCGGUGAUGUGGGAAGAACCGUCGCCGUUGUACUGCGAAACAACUGCGCGGGUUAUGGCGGAGGAGAUUGGAAGCGCGGGGGAGACAGAUUGGGAGAGAAUGUACUCGCCAUCAGGGAUGUGCCAGGUGGACGAUUUCUUUCAAGACAUUUUGUUGGGGUCAGAUCCUCUGGUGGCGCUCUGAGACUGACACUGUCACUCUCUCACACACUUACCCCCUGCCGCCGUCCUCCCCCUGCUGACUCACUCCGCAGAUUUUGUUCCGGUGGCAGAAUCCGUUGCUUUAUUUUUUCGUUUUCCUACAAAAUAUGAGUUUCUUUUCUUUUUUUUUUCCCAAGUUCGUCGCGGCCAGAUUUUGUUAAAAUUACUUGAGUGAUGCCUAAUAAUCAGGGCUGUUGGAGAAUGUAAGAUAUGACCCCCAGAUGUAAUAUGGACUCAUGGAAGUAUUUUUGUCGGGCUA